CCGAGAGAAGGGACAACACAUCACCCCCUCACCUCUCCCCACAAGGACACGUGUGUUUGUCCAAAUUUAACAUCACCAUCACUGUCACAGACACACAAUCUCCAUCUUCCUCUCUAUCUCCCCCGUUUAAAACUCCUCCUACGUCUAUAAUCACACGUGCUUCCCUUCCUUUUUCCUCGCCGGAAUUUCCUCCCCUUUCCCUCCCCCAAAAAACAAAUCCCUUUUCCUUUCGUUUGCUCUCCUUUCACUAUCUCCCCAGCCAAGCACCCCCUUACUUAACUUGUCAAAUAAGAUUUGAUUUUUUCUACUGUUGGAUUGUAACUGAAUCUAACUGGCAGUACUCUGGUUACUAGUUCUACUUUGUUAUUUUAAUGGGGGCGGUGACAUCGACGAUGGCGGCGAAGUUCGCUUUUUUCCCGCCGAGUCCGCCGUCGUAUGAGUUGGAGGAGGAGGAGGAUUGUGGGAAGAAGUUAAGGAUGGUGAUGGGGGUAUCUGUACGUAGUAACAACAACAAUAAUAAUACUAAUAGGAAAAAAGUAGAUGUGUUGAAGUUGGAGACGAAGAGAGGGAAUCAGGUGGUGGCGGUGUAUUUUAAGAACCCUGCGGCGUCGUUGACGGUGCUAUACUCGCAUGGAAAUGCAGCUGAUCUGGGACAGAUGUAUGAUUUGUUUUGUGAACUCAGUUUGCAUCUCCGUGUUAACUUGAUGGGGUAUGAUUAUAGCGGGUAUGGACAGUCAACUGGCAAGCCAACCGAGCAGAAUACAUAUGCUGACAUAGAAGCUGCAUAUAGGUGCCUUGAGGAGAAAUAUGGGGUGAAAGAAGAAGAUGUUAUCUUAUAUGGACAGUCAGUUGGGAGCGGACCCACUUUAGAUUUGGCAACACGGUUACUGAAGUUAAGGGCUGUGGUUCUUCACAGCCCUAUUGCUUCUGGUCUUCGUGUAAUGUAUCCAGUGAAGAGAACUUAUUGGUUCGACAUAUACAAGAACAUCGAUAAAAUACCUUUGGUCAAUUGCCCUGUACUGGUUAUUCAUGGAACUGCUGAUGAUGUUGUGGAUUGGUCCCACGGUAAGCAGCUUUGGGAGUGUUGUAAAGAGAAGUACGAACCGUUAUGGGUGAAGGGAGGGAAUCAUUGUGACUUGGAGCUUUUCCCGCAAUACAUCAAGCAUCUCAAGAAGUUCAUUUCAGCCAUUGAGAAAUCAUCUCGUAUGAGAAAUGUUUCUGGGCCCAUUGUGGAUCAAACAGAGGAUCAUCGAAAGAGCACAGAUUUUAGAGAGGCUUCUAUAUCAAGCAUAGAUCAGAGAGAGAGGUGUAGGCUAAGUGCUGAGCAAAAAGAAAAGCCUAGGUUAAGCAUAGACCGCAGAGAGAAAUCAAGAUCCAGCACUGAUAGGAGAGAGAAAUCAAGAAAAAGUGUGGAUCGCCCUGAGAGAGAGAGCAAUGGUUCAUACCAGCAUGAGAAAGCGAGGAAUAGCAUUGAUCGAUUUGGGGGCAUGAUAAGAUCUGUUGGUUUGUGCAAUAUUGAUUGUUUCAAGCCCACAGCAACAGCCAUCUGAAGAAAAAGAAGUGUCAAUACACAGUUUAAGUGCUAUCUGUUACAAAUCAUUUUCCAGUUCAUAGGUGUUUGCUUGUUCUGGUCAGGAGAUUAAACUGCUAUCAGAAAACUGCUGGUUCAUCUGCUUGGCUGUUGCUACUGAUAAUUACUUUAUGAACUUGUCAAGUAUUGUAUCCUUUCCAUCACUAUUUAUGAAUCGUUGUGCUGUUCAGGGAAACUUUAAUUUUUUUUUUAAUUAAAUAAUUUUUCAUUUCGUAAA